UGGAAAUAGUUCAUUCAUAAAAGUCACUGACAAGAAAGGAAGGAACGCAGUCAUUUGCGUGCUCAGACUCAGAACGGGUCAACUGUGAAAGGCUUUUUCCUCAUUCCGCAUCACUGUCCCGGCAAUCUCUUCAUUUCAGCGCUCACCACAUGCAUUUGAGCAUUGUUCCUGUGCACGCGCUUUCUCUAUUGUUGCCGACUGUGCGCGUGAUCGUUUUGCUGAGUGACACGUCGACGCAGCCCAUUGACAGCUUUGCAACCUGGCGGACAAGGGUUCGUUUUGCACAAUCAUCCCCUGCUUGGACGAUCCUAACGAGCUCACCCAAACCGUUUUGUUUGGAAAGGCACCGAGCUUUGCCUUGUUAUGAUGUAACUCUGCGUGCCCCGUGUGAACAUUUCCCCAAGAUUAGACUAGCUCAUCCUGCAGCAGGUGGUCUAACAUGUAGCUACUGGAGCAGCAAAUGUCAUAAUUGAGAACCGUGGAUGUGAGACAAGUGCUGGAAUCUUCUGGACUGCUAGUGCUUUGCAAUGCUGGGCAGGUCUCCUCAUCUUAUCGGGGGUAUUUUAUGGAUCCAGAAUCCAAUGAGAGCUGUCCACUGCAACCUGAGUCAGAAUGGCAUCGACCACCAGAUGUACCCAGAGGAUGUCGAAUCACAGCUAGAUGAAGUGGAGGAGUCUGUCGACGGCCCCCCAGUGCUGUUGGAUGACGACAGCCCAGGCUACCAUGACAUCAGCCCGUCCAUUUUUCAGCGCCGUAUGCCACCACAUCGCUCAGUGUCCGAAUCUGAGCUCACACGGCCUGGACAUGUGAAACUGUCCAAACCCGUGGCUCUGUGGACCCAACAAGAUGUCUGCAAAUGGCUGAAGAAACACUGUCCGAAUCAACAUCAGAUAUACAGUGACUCCUUUAAACAGCAUGAUAUCACAGGGCGGGCUCUGAUGAGAUUGACGGACCGAAAGCUGGAGAGAAUGGGCAUCAUGCAGGAAGCAGAGAGGCAGAACAUCCUACAACAGGUCCUGCAGCUCCGUGUCCGAGAGGAAGUUAGGACCCUUCAACUUCUUACGCAAGGCUCCCUGGAAUGUGCUCCAUCUUCACCGUAAGCUUUCACAGAAGUAUGCGAACGACGACCACCUCGGCAACCUAAAACUAGCCCAUCUGCACGUGAUCCCCGGACCACUUCUCGGACCUCGUGCACCGUCAUCCUGUGCGAAGAUAGGAAACAAUCUCAUGCAUUCUUCCUAGCCACUCCUGACAGUCCUUCCACAAGUUCCAACCUGAUGUGUCCUCGCAAUCCAAACAAUCGUGCCAACGUUCUGGAAUCUGACCAACAGUUCCCAUUACAUAAAACGCGUGUCAAUUUAUUACAUCUCCAGAUAGUUCUUAGAAAUCACCUGGGAUCCCUCGAGGUCUAAUACUACCGUGAAGUUGGCCCCCAUUCAGAUGCAAAUUAAUAUCAAAAUGAUGUCAAUCGUUUGUGCUGUAAAAAGUUUUAACUCAUUUGCUCCCAAAAUUUAAUUGUUUCAGUGUCCCAAAGACGCAUGUAUACGUCUUUUACGUUUUUUUUUCAUAAGAGACAUCUCUGGGUUCUGAUUCAAAUGAGCUCCAAAGCACAAAGCUGAAAAUCCAUUUUAAAGCAAUAAAACUGGCCACUGGGGGGCAGUAGCGCAUUUGGUAAGACCCGCAACCCGUUUCAAUGGCAAUGAACAGCCGGGGUGCCGGCGGAAGGAUGCCAGGCGGCGGACGACCGAGCAGAACAACCUAGAGGACGCCCGGGAUGCCAGGCGCUGGGCGACCGAGCAGAACAACCAGGACCACCAGUGCAGUGGAUGAUGUCGUUGAGUCCAUGCUGCUCGCCAAGCAGACCCCGCAGAGACUCAAAAAAAUCCAUCUUUAUGAGACAGGCAGCGAUGAGGGAACAGCGACAACAGCGUCAUCUCUCAGUUAUGUGUAAAUAAAUUGUUACCUUGCUAUCAAAACCUUGAAAGGGAUCCUCUAUUUUUAAGACAAGUAAUUCUUAAAACAUAAAUGUUAGUAUGAGUUAUAAUAAUUUGAUUUUAAAACCCCUCUUAAUGUUUUUGUUUUAAUAAAGUUUGUAAAAUAUUUUAAGUGAUAGGUCGCCAUUCUUGUUACCUCGCAGUGCAUGACGUCACUGGCCCCGAAUGCCGAAAUUCCAGCUUGUCACUCGUUAGCUUUCCCAACAUGUCGUGAGUUCUACCCUUCCUAUUUGAACCAGAUCUGAAAAGUGAAGAGCAGGACAGCACUGUCGGUCGUUCACAAGACAAGCUUCAGGGAAAAAUGCGUGCAGCAAAUACCUGAUAAGAAAAAAGUUGGGCAAAACUGGUGAUGCAAGAGAGUCCGGUUGGGAACUCCGGUUGGGAGCGAGAGUGCAUGCUGUUGGGAUUCGGGAACUCCGGUUUUAUUAGCAGAUAUUCAAGGUAAGCAUAUUGCAUUUUCAAACGUUUUCCCAAUAUAAUUAUGUAGAUUGUUAGCAUCCAGAGCUGUCGUGUGCUUUACAUACAGUACACGCCAAAGAGCACACCUUGUGUAAUCCAGGUCUUGUACAUUGUAACGCGUGGUAGCUACGAUACGUGUAUAAAAGUACCAGAAAGGGGAGAAGCUUCCACUUAUGCACAUUUAUUCUCAAAAAAAUAUUUCCACCUUGACCACACUUCACUCGGGAGCUCAGCAGUAUGCAAACACGCAUUCCCUGACAAACUCCAACAUUGUUGUAAGGUCCACGUCAGAGUCACUGUCGUCACUGUAGCGUGCCAUAGUGCUUUAAUUGUUUAGUAUGAUUUGGGGAAAACUCCCACGAAGAAUAGUCAGCAAAAAAGAUAGCAAUACUAAUCCAAAUCCGCGUUUUUUUACUCACUUGAAGAUCCAGGAAUUAGAACAAUCCCAUGGCAAUAUCGCAGCCGCGAUUAGGCCGUCGAUUCCACAAAAUAGACUGAUCGGAAAAGCCGCUGUGGGACCGACAAAUAAAAAUAAAUGGACAGAUCCAAAACCAUUAUUGCAGACGCGAUGGGACCCUUACUUGACUGAGGAUCCAGGAAAAAUGUCCGGGCGCCAGUUGUAACGCGUGGUGGGUAGGAUACAUGCAUACAGGGACCAAAAAGGGGGAGAAGCUUCCACUUAUGCACAUUUAUUCACUAAAAAUAAUAAUUCUACCUUGACGACUCACUUCACUCCCCUUUUUUCCAUUUGACUGGAAAUUGCAUUCAAAAGCAGCACAUCGUGGCAUUUUACUUCGCGAGUUUAGGCAGCAAUAAGCAAUUGUUGAACAUGCUACACAUUUGGAAAGCUAUCAAUUGUUAUUAUCGUCAUCACUGCGAGCCCGCAAACCAUGGCGGUAACUAACGGUCAAAAUAUAUGGACUAAAUAUUACAAAAUAUUGCCAUUGAUUUCACAUUUUAUGUGUUUCUAACAACAUAUUUUAGUACAAGAGAACAAUUGUGGUUUAUUAGAGCCUACAUUUAUUUAAAUCAGAGGAUCACUUGAAGGGAAAGGUUUGCUUUCUCGCACACACCAUAUAAUUGUUCGCAUUAGUAUAACACAUUCAUUUAACUAUAGUUUAGGCAGACUCCACUCAGUGGCCUUGAACACAGUAAAGUGAAUCACCUUAUCGGCGCUCAUGAGGGGGAAAAGGAAAAAUGGUACCGUAGGCACCGUCUAACUGUUUGCAUUACUCGAACACACGUAAUAUAAUCAAUCAAUGAAUAGUAUCAUUUCUCAUAUUCAUUGUAGGACUGCACUACUCUAACACACCUAAUGUCAAAUAAAUAGCACACCAUAGUUUAAAGAAACAGAAUAGAUACACAACUCCAUCUUAUCACAGAAGCCCAAAACGUGUGCGCCACGAGAAAGAUUGACGCACCAAACUCUGGCAAUCAGUCCUCCCGACAAACAAACAAGGGCAAAGACCAGCGUGCUUUGUCCUACAACAAAUAGUGCCAGCCUGGAUAACGAAGUUGAUCGCAGGCGCUUGUGACGUCAAGACCAGCGCCGGUCGCUGUGGCAACCACAUCCCAUCCACGCACGAACCGAAACCGGCCAGAGAGGGAUGAUCCCAAAGCAACACCUGGACACACCUUCGGCCGGCCCACGGACAUAAAAAACACUGGACACUGAGAUAAGACAGAUUUUGCUGCUCUGAAACAUGUAGCCUUGUGUUGGAUCCAGUAUUGUCCCUCCGUCGUCUGUUUUUGCCUUGUUUUUGACCACUGUCGACAAAUAAAUUGUCAACCUGCUUUCGGCGAGUCUUUUUCAAACUUUUGGAACAUGGAGUCAGUACAAAGGGUUAAUAUCAGAGGUGAACGCGCGAAGUUCCGUCUUCCCAGUUGGCGCACGCGGAGGCAGCAUCGGCAGAGCGGCACUUUGUUCAGCUCUCGCUGUUUCCGUGCGGCUUGUCUGGGGAGGCGAAUUUCAGCAAGCUCUAUUUGUCUUGUUGUUGUUUUGUAAAAGGAAAACAUUAUUCAGAUGUUUGGGAUGUCACUAAAGCAAAAAAAUAGCUGUGUUAAAGUCAGUUAUGUUUGAAAUGUAUGCUUUAAACAAAAGCUCAAUUUGUGUUUUUAAUCAGAAAUUGGAAAAUUGCUCAAAUUAAGCUAUUUUCUAAUGCUGAUUUCUAAAGAAUGGAAAAAGAUAUGAACUUACUUUUUUUUCCUGCUGAAAGAAGAGAGUCUAAUCUUUCUUUUGGUGGGUUCCAUGUUUAUAUAGCAAUAGAACAGAAUUUUCUGUGGGCCUUGCAAAAUCAGUCAAAUUCCAGUAAAACGUCCGGGAGCGAAGGGCCUUGCUCUGGUGAAAAUGGCUGAGAGUGAAUGAGUUAAUCAAAACGGGGGGUUGGUUGACCUCAGUUUGACCUACAACUGAAUUGUAGAAAUGUGAAAUAUCACAAGAACGAUAGCACCAACAAAACGUUUUACAGCACAAACAUGGCACAAACGAUUGACAUCAUUUUGAUACAAAUUUGUAUCUGAUGGGACGACUUCACCGAGCUAAAAUCAUUAAAUCACGAACAUUUUUUUCAGUGUUACAUCGCUCAUGAAAAUAUUGUAUGUAUUGUAGCUGGCUAUACUCAUCCAAAAAAAAGCUAUUUUGCUCUUAAGGGACUCCUUAAAACGGUCACUCAAACUUCACUAUAGCAAUUGAAGGUUUAUGUUCCCCCACGGGAAGGCUGGUCCUAAUCCAACUUAGGGCUUUUGUAAAGUAGCAAGACAAUUACUGCUCAUAAAUCUUCCAUUCUUCCUCUAAUCGUACCCUAAAAACCACAAAAGGGGGACACACGUUAAACAACAUUCUCUCUAUUCUUCCUUCAACUGUGCAUACAGUGGAUGCUGUCGUGUAAACAGUGUUUGACAAUGCCUGAUGUCCAUCUUCCAGUAUUUAUUUUAUGCAAUCAAAAAUGUGGAACAUUCAUCAAUGGACACUUUUGUGGAGAGGAAACCCUCCAAAGUGGACCUCAUUUAUCCGAGUUGAAUUCCAGGUUAUAUAACUGAUGAAAACAGUUUACUAUCAUCACAAAAUAUUUCAAGGAAAAAGGACAAUGGACCCUCAUGAUACGAGCACAAUCCCUUCCAAGACCAAGCUCGUACCGUCAAUGUAUUUUCUCCAUAAGAAAUAAUUGAACUCCAGUUAAUGCGUGCGAGACUUUCCAUGUUACCCUUAAAUUAUAAUUGAUGGUAGGUUUGCAUUUAAUGCAAAAGCAACCAUGGUAAGGGGCAUAAAAGUUGUAUACAGAAUUUACCCAAAACUUUGCCCAUUUGUUUCUAAUGGAAUGCCAUUACCAUGUACAUUGUUCCAUUACCGUAAUUUUCGGACUAUAAGCCGCUACUUUUUUCCCCGCUUUUUGAAACCUGCAGCUUAUUUGUUGAUUUAUUGGUGUUAAUAGGCAACACUUUAAUUGACAGUGGUGCCAUAAGACUGCCGAAAAACUAAAAAUUGUGACAUGACACUAUCAUGGGCAUUGAUGAAUACUUAUUACAGAUGUCAUUAAGUAUCAUCCGGCAAAUUAUGUCUGUCACUACAUUUAUGUCCAGCUCGGAUCUUUUACAUCCAUUCAAAGAGAUAAUUUGCCGGAUGACACAAAAUGACAUCUGUCAUAAGCAAUCAUUAAUGCUCAUGGCAGUGUCAUGUCAUAAUAAUGACAGUUUUCUGGCGCCACUGUAAACCAAAGUGUUACAGAAUACCAAAGCUAGCGAUUAAUGAAACUGGAUGAGUAACUGUAGAAAUAAAUAGCACAGAAUAUGAUUUGUGAUUGUUAUUUACAUCUGUAGCACUGCAAUGCAUGCUAGGAGGCAUGUUGGUCGACAACAGUGUUGACAGCAGUUGGCAGCAGAGGUUGACCGUCUCCGCCAAGGGAGCUUUGAUGGCCAAAUGAAGCUUCUUGAAGCAAUGAAGCUUUGCAGCCAUUUGGUUCAAAGCUUCACGGUGGUUCAUUUGGUCUUAUGACAGUCGUAUGAUGCCGCUGUCAACUAAAGUGUUACCAGUUAAUAUCUUUUGGUGUAAAUAUCCCAUGUGCCGUAUGUUGGCAAAAUUGAAGAUAAUUGUGAAAAAAUGGCAUUAGAAACAUUCUAAUGAAGUUGAGCAUCUUGUGUCCCUGGCACAAUCCCCAGACCUCAACAUUAUUGAGCAUUUCUGAUCAGUUUUAGAGAUUCAAUUAAGGUGUAGCAUAGACUUCAUAAUGAUAUUGACAGGUCAGAUUCUAACUUCACUGGGCCACGCCUUUGAAUAGGGGGCCAUCCCACAUUCCGCUUCAGUUAUUCGCAGUCAGUCGCAGCGACGCAUGCAGCGAUCCAACACCGGAUUUAUGCUGAAAAAGUACGAAAGCUGUACCGCAUACAAACAGGAAGGAUUGUUUCAGGAGUGAUUUGUUCGAGGAUUCAAGAAAAUGCUAACUACACGUUUUUUAAAUUUUUUUUUUUUUUUUUUAACUUUUAACCAAGAAUCGAGACUGUUUUACGUCCAUAUCUAUAAAGAAUUCGAGGAUUUAAGCAUUUAUUCACGGGAAUUUUCACCAAAAAAGCUGUGUUUACAUCAGGCGGCUUCUAGCUACAUUCACUAACUUUGACAUAUUUACAUAAAAUAAAUGCUCACUGCGCGUUUUUUUUUUUUUUUUUUUUUUGCUUUUAACCAAGAGUCGGGAGAGUUUUACGUCCAUAUCAAUAAAAAAUUUAAGCAUUUAUUUACAAAAAUUUUCACCGGAAAAGCUCUGUUCACAUCAGGCGGAUGCUAGCUACAUUCACGAACAGACUAGCAUGUUACUUCAACAUAUUUACGUAAAAUAGACACCAACUGCACUGUUUCUUUUUUUGCUUUUAACCAAGAAUCGAGACUGUUUUACGUCCAUAUUUAAAAGAAUUCGAGGAUUUGAGAAUUUAUUCGCAAUAAUUUUCACUGCUGUCAAAUAAAGUGUUACCGGUUAAUAUCUUUUAGUGUAAAUAUCCCACACAACAGUGAGGGCAGCUGCGCCUUAUAGUCCGGUGCGGCUUAUAUAUGAACAAAUGCUCUUUUUGUGUCAAAUUUGGUGGGUGGCGGCUUAUAGUCUGAAAAUUACGGUAAUCUUCCUGAAUAGAUAUGUAUGGAACAAACCAGCUCAGUAUGGACAUUUCUGAUGAACACUUGUCGUCAAGAUGAAGACAAACUGAAAAAAUAAGGACGGACCAUGAGAAGGAAACUCCAUAGAUGUCGCCAAAAUCUUUCUCCAAGCACAUAAACAGUUCUGACAACAAACCCCGAAGCCGAACCGAAGGUUGUUCCUCCUUGGAAAUUGUUUGGAGUUAACGAGGAGCAGGAAGAACAAAAGACAUCACAGAUAUCCUUUUCCGUUGACACAUCUCUGUAUGGCUCGGCUUUAUUUAUUGUUUGUCAGCUUCUCGAACUAUUUUUAGGUGAGCUAUACUGAAAAUAGCAAAGACGGAAAACAAGCCGUGACAGCCGUGUCUGUCAUCGAAAUGUCUGUUUUGUCAUAUUUAUAUGAAGAGAAUCUCAGUUAUGUCUAUGUGAAUGAAGGCCACUCACUGUUAUAUUGUAUCUUUACUAACCCUAAAAGCACACGUCUGUCAUGAAACCGAACAGCUGUGUCCUCUCUGUGCGUGAGUGUACAUUCAUUAUAUGUAGCAAACAGUGUAACAACUUCUAAGUAGAAAUUGUAAAUAUUGACGUUCUGGAAUGAUGUUUGUAUAGGAGGGGGAAAAAAUGUUCCUCUCCUCUAUCAGAGUUGUCAAUUGAAAAAGGGCUAUAGUUGAAAAGUGAGGGGGAAAUUGCUGCCUAUGAGAGCAAUUGCAUUUUAAUGGGAUUCCAUUUGUGGACAGGUUCCACUGUGUCUGGUCAUUCAUUGUUGGGAUAUAACAGCGGCAGACUAAUACGGCAAAGACCUGCUUGCUGAUUGAAUAAUAUUGAUCAGGCCUCCAGGACAUACAGUCCUCGAGGAUUACAAAAGCCUGAAGCUUUGUCUGUGUUUGUGUCAAACAGCAGUGAAUUAAAUUGUUUAGGCUAAAAGACAACUGGCUAUUUCAUCGGAGUGCGGUUCAUCAAUUCAUGUGUUAUAGUUGUAGUCUGAACUAAAAAACACCAAAAGAGCCACAAAUGCCAUUCACGGUUGAGUUAUUUAUACAGUGGUACCUCUACAUACGAUCGCUUCGACACACGAACUUUUCGACAUCCGACGUAAAAUUGGACUCGCCAUUUGUUUCUACAUCCGACGACAUGCUCGAAAUACGACGACAAUGGCAGCACCGCAGACGAAUGCACGGCGGAUUUUCUUGUGUGACAAAUCAACACUGGUUUCAGAAAAGGUUGGUACAGGUGGUGAAACAAGGAAAAAGUUGACGCUUACCUUCUAAAUGAAGAUGCAAAUGACAGAAAAAUAUGAGCGUAGGGUGGGCAUCCGUGAAAUGGCUCAACAAUACAGCUCCACGGUCCUCCUCCGACCAUCGUUCGCCAGUCUUUAUAAGUUAAGCUGACAAUUCUUAUUGUGGUAACAUCUCCAGAGAGAUCGCCAACUUCGCUACGUUUUUAUCAUUUAUUUCACAACUUAUUCAAAACAAAAACACCUUCUGUCUGCCGCAGUUGACGGUGUUCUCAAGAAAACAUUCAAAGUGAAAGUGAAACUCAAGCUCACCGGUCUGUCUCUGGCACGUCAGCCCCACGGUGCGUUCAGGGUCAGCAAAAAACGUCCGCCACAUUAGAAACCGAUUCGUUACAUUAAUACAGGAAUUAUUAUUAUUAUUAUUAUUAUUAUUAUUCCGAUUUUGAUUUAUAAUUUAUUUGUUUUGCUAUGUGUAAUCGCCAUUUGUAAUAGUACCAGCAGUAUUUUUUAAGGAUUUAGUGAAGGUUUUUGGGCUGCGGAACGAAUUAAUGGAAUUAUAAUGUAUUCCUAUGGGAAAAUCCUGAUCGACAUACGACCAUUUCAACUUACAAACAAGGUCCUGGAACGGAUUAACUUAAGUUGUCUUGUUUAGAGGUGGACCGAUAUGGGAUUUUCAAAUGCCAAUAUCUUAAAUUUUUUUUUUUUUUUUAAUUCUGCUGAUUGCCGAUAUCCAAAGCAGAUUUUGUAAGCCAAUAUUUGAGCCCGAUAUACAGUGCUGGCCAAAAGUAUUGGCACUAGAGAUGUCCCAAUCGAUCGGCAUCCCGAUCGAUCGGGUCAGAUUACGUCAUUUUCAAAAUAUCGGAAUCGGCAAAAAAAUAUCGACAUAAUUCGUUUAAUAUAUAUAUAUAUUUUUUAAUUAAAUCGUUUUCUAAUUGUAUUUAACGUUACAGACAUAAUAUGUUACACUCAUCCAGAGUCUUUAGUUUAGGCUUAAGGUAGGGUUAUCAAAUUUAUCCCGUUGAUGGCGGUAAUUAAUUAUAUUUUAAAUUUAUCACGUUAAAAUAUUUAACGCAAUUAACGCAUGCGCUGGUCGACCCACUCACGCAUUGUCGCGUUCAGUCUGCAAUGGCGCCGCUUUAACUAUAUAUUGAGCUAAAAGGCAGCGUAAAAUGAGUACAGUGAAUUUUGGCAGCCUUUGAAGCCUUUUUUUAAUUGGCUAAAGCCUUACAAUCCCUCUCCCUGCGAUGAGAAAUAUCGUGGGAAGCAAUGUGGGGAAGAAAGAUAGUAAUUGAUCUUUUUCUUAACACCCUAAGUUAUUUCCCAACGCAGAGAAGAUAUAUCAAUUGGUACCACUACGCACAGUCAUGGUUGCACUUCCCAUCAUGUAUUUGGGCAGAACAGUUAAAUGGCUACAGUAUCAUUUACUGAAAGCUCAACAAAUACACUAGAUGGCAAUAUUUAGUCACAAUAUACAAAGUCACAUUUAUCCUUUUAAGAAUUACAAGCCCCACCAAAAAGUCACACACAGUGGCAGAGACAUUAAUACUACCUGCCUGCAAAGCCAUUGUCAUUGUUUGUCUAUUUGACACACCAAUAUUUAAUGUGAUAAUGAAUAAGAUGAAAAAUGAAUGUUAAACUUGCAAAAAGCCUUAUCGACUGUGGGGGUUGAAUAAUCUUGAACACAACUGUAUAUGCUACUUUCCGUAAUUUUCGGACUAUAAGCCGCUACUUUUUUCCUUCAUUUUGAAUCCUGUGUAGUCCAGUGCGGCUUAUUUAUUGAUUUAAUUGGGUUGAAAUUAACAGGUAAUACUUUAUUUGACAGCGGCGUCAUAAGAUCGUCAUAAUUAUGACAUGACACUAUAAUGGGCAUUACUCAAUGCUUGUGAGAGAUGUCAUUAAGUGUCAGCUGGCAAAUUAUGUCGCUAAUUCAAUUUAUGUCCAGCUCGGAUCUUUUACAUCCAUUCAAAAAUGAGAUCAUAUGCCGAAUGACACUAAAUGAAAUUAAUGCUCAUAACAGUGUCAUGUCAUAAUUAUAAUUGUCUAAUAACAGUCUUAUUGCUCCACUGUCAAAUAAAGUGUUACCAAAUACCAUAACUAUGAAUUAAUGAAACAACUAGAACAGUAACUGAAGAAAUAAUUACCGUAAUUUUCGCACUAUAAGCCGCUACUUUUUUUCCCUCAUUUUGAAUCCUCAGUCCCGUGCGACUUUUUGUUGAUUUAUUUGCGUUAAUAGGUAACGCUUUAUUACAGAGUGGUGUCAUAAGACUGUCAUAAAACCAUCAAAAUUAAGACAUGACACUAUCAUGGGCAUUACUAAAUGCUUAUGACAGAUGUCAUUAAGUGUCAUCCGGCAAAUUAUUUUACUAACUCCAUUUAUGUCCAGCUCGGAUCUUUUACAUCCAUUCAAAAGUGAGAUAAUUUGCCGCAUGACACUAAAAGACAUCUGUUUUAAAUAUUCAUUGAUACUCAUGACAGUGUCGUGUCAAAAUUAUAAUUGUCUAAUAAGUCUUGCUGCGCCACUGUCAAAUAAAGUGUUACCAAAUACCAUAACUAGCAAUUAAUGAAACAACUGGAACAGCAAUUGAAGAAAUAAUUAGUACACAACACGAAUAAUGAUUGUUAUUUACAUCUGUAGCGCUGCAAUGCAUGCUAGGAGGCAUGUUGGACAACAACAGUGUUGACAGCAGGUGGCAGCAGAGGUUGACUGUCUCCCCAAAUGGAGCAGUGAUGGCCAAAUGAAGCUUCUUGAAGCAAUGAAGCUCUGUAGCCAAUUGGUUCAAAGCUUCAUGGUGGUUCAUUUGGUCUUAUGACAGUCGUAUGCAGUGUUGUUAAUUUUACUUUAAAAAAGUAAUUAAUUACAGUUACAAAUUACUUCUCCCAAAAAGUAAUUGCGUUAGUAACUCAGUUACCUGAAUGUAAGAGUAAUUAGUUACUUGGCAAAGUAACUAGUGAUAUUUUUUUUUUCUCAAAAAAAAAAAAAAAAAAAAAAAAAAAAAACAGGUCACACAAUGUGAAGCUUAAAGGGUUUGGGGGACAAUUGGCCCAAGCCCAAUUCUUUACCCUCCACUUAACUAGACACAAGGGUAUUGCGAUAACUAGCUAGUAACCUUUGCUAUGUGUGGAAGUCAUUUAAAGUUGUGAAUCAAUCGUUAAAGUUGUUAAAAUUUCUCCCGUUAUUGCAUUAGUCUCUUCUGUCUACUUUAAACAUGUGUAAAUUUUAAAACUGUUUCAUCAUUUAAAGAUAGAUUUAAGUUAAGCUUUUGCCGAUUUAGGAGCAUUUUAGAUUUAAAAAAUUUACUUAGGUUCGCUAGGAAGGAUCUCUACAUCAGGGCCUUCCUGAGAGGUCUACUGCUUUAAGAUGGCGGCUGUUUACAAACGCAUGUAGUCCUUAAAACAUGUUGGCAAUGCAGCAGUGUCUGUCACCUGCAUCUAGUUCUAUAAUAUGAUAUCUACCGUGUCAUGUGGGCGUAGUUUGUCGGCUAUGGCUGCAGUCAGGUAUUAUUGGAGCCAUCUGGCAUCGCGGUUGCAACGGCGCCGUCUUCCCCACUCCUGCUCUGCUCUCGUCCCCGUGAGUCCGUUUCUCUCAGACUGUUUUUUUAUUUAACCAACUUAGUAACGCAUAGUAACGCACGCCUUUCCCGCCUCAGUAACGGUAACGGCGUUGCCAAGAUGAGAAAAGUAAUUAAUUAGAUUACUCAUUACUGAAAAAAAUAACGCCGUUAGUAACGCCGUUAUAUUGUAACGCCGUUAUUAACAACACUGGUCGUAUGAUGCCGCUGUCAAAUAAAAUUUUACCGGUUAAUAUCUUUUGGUGUAAAUAUCCCAUAAUACAGUGAGGAUAGCCGCGGCUUAUAGUGCAGUGCGGCUUAUCUAUGAACAAAUGCAGUUUUUGGUGUCAAAUUUGGUGGGUAGCGGCUUAUAGUCAGGUGCGCCUUAUAGUGUGAAAAUUACGGUAACUAUAAGUAGCGCUGCAAGCUUAAUAUGAAAGCCUUUAACGAAGAAACACAUUUUGGAUAGGGGUUGCACUAAGGGAGUCAAAAGGAUAGGAAGAGGGAAGAUAGGUUAGAUUAGGGUGUGGCUGGGCAGAGUGAGUGCUGCUGGGGUGUACCUCUAAUUUAGAAAGGAAAUAUGAGCCACUCAACUGAAACUAGACACUUAGGACAGACAUUAAAAAUGGUCUUUUGGUUGUCCUCACUGGUCUUAUGACAAGCUUUGACACAGCAAGUGUCUGGUUUUAGUUGAACAGCUCACAAAUACAGUAGUUCGGUUUCCACACCGAUGAUGAUUGGAUGAAAUACAAAAUGUCUUCUCAAGACAAGCAGAACAGUUCAGUUGCGAUCGAUUCAACACCCUGAGAGUGAAAUGACCUGGAUGAAUGAGAAUAUUCGCUAGCUAUUUCACGGUCGGGCAGAGAUGUCUUGUCAUUUUUCCAUUGCAGCAUAGGGCAGCUGAUGGGCGAGAAUUAUUUUACAAUUAGGAUAUUGACACCAUUUGAUUUGUUCGAUGAUGUUGAUAAUAAACUAGUUUGCAUUGAUAUGGCAAAAAAAUGUUUCAGUAAUACUUGGGUUCAAUUGGCUCUCAGUGCGAAAUGUUUUGUCGUUUUGAUCUUGGUUCACCUUGAAGUCUUUUUAUGUUGUCAAGUUAUUGAUUGAUGUUGCAAAUUGUAAAUAUUGUAAAUAAAUCAUUCUCGGUUCACAAAGAUGAGUGUCUCAGUUUUUGCAGCAACGCAAAUCAAGCUAAACCUCUGAAUUAAGCCAACUGAGCCUGUACUAUGCCUUCAUUUUCAAUUGCCAUUCUAGGUUUUCAUCCAUUACUGAUUUUUUUCCCGAGAUCCACCAAAACUUGAACAUAGACUUCAUUACAUAUUUAUGUGAUGCUUCGUCAUUCCUUGCGUAACGCGCUAUCAGAAGCGGCCGAGCUUCAUUUAGUAAUAGUCGAAGACGGCACACACUCAUGUCGGAUUUAAGCUUGGAUUUUUGCAGAACUACAAAAGCUGUACCGCAUAAAAACAGGAAGGAUUUUCUCAGGAGUGAUUUUUUUCGAGGAUUCAAGGUAGGUGGAAAGUGAAAAUGAAUCUCCCCUUCAGCUCCUCCGUAUGUUCACCCAUGAUGCCGCAGCAGAAACUGAAGGCUCAAAGCCAGAAGACACACAUGACAAUGGAAUGGUGCUGUGAGCGCGCUCGUUAAACAGCCUUUGGUCCAAGACUAAUGACAUCCACUGGCAUGUUUCCUCUACCCGCUGUCCUCUUUCCCCCUCCACAGCUGUAUCGUUCACUCUCCAUCUCCUGUUUUCACUUUCACUCCACCUCCAGCAUUCCUUCUGCUCGUGCCUCCCCCCGUCAGGCUUCUUGCCACCAUCUGCCUCUCGCCUCCCCUCUGUUUGGUUUCGUUGGCCUGGGUCGUUGGAGCUGCACCAGCGUGGGUCCGGCGGUUCAGCUGGCGUGGUUCCGACAAUCUGGCUAAAAGGUCACGAUAGGGCCGAGAUCUCCAGGAAAGGGGCACAUGACAUCGCCUCAUCAUGAGAUCAUCUCACCUCUUCAUGGAACUAUCAGCCAGAAUUCAGUCAUUUUCAAUCCGUCUAUCUCUGGAGUCAAUACACUCGGAUCAAAUUGCAACUUCAGAGACCGAAUUUCCUGUGUCGACGUGUUGUGCCAAGUCUAACAUGUCCGAGCUCAUGCAGAAACUCAGCAAUCAAAACUUGAAGCCAUGUUAGGAAGGAGCAAUGGCUUGGGUCGAUCAACUCAAACCUCGCCUAGUUCACGCCCAUCCACCGAGUUUGAUGGGCAAAUGACAGGUAAAAAUAUUUCAUGUAGUUCAAGGGGAACAAGAGUGCAAUACAGGUUGUCCCCGGGUUAUGAGAGAAUUCCAUUCCUACGCUUGUGACGUAACCGGAAUUUCCACGUAAGUCUGAAUUAACCCUUUAAAAAUUCAAAAUAACAACAAAAAGUUCAAACGUAUUGUAUUUUAUUUAAUAGUGGAGGAUACACUGCCCUCCGGUGGCAGCAUUGGGUCUGGCUGGACUGUCGUUCAAUAAUGCAUCCAUACAGGAGCACUCAGACGCGUACAUGGAUAAACGAGAGCUGCGCUCUGGUUUAGCCCACAUAAGACUGGAACAAAUGAAGGAGGAGUGGCGGGGUGAUAUGGAGUGACAAGAUGUGAAAGAAUGAUAAAUGAGACCAGAUGGCUGGAUUUCCCACGAAGCAAUCCCCCAAAUGCAAAAAGUGCAGAUCUACACGAUUGAAUUCUGGGAAAUGAUCACAAUGGACAAGGCAAAAACAUAUCCAAUAGAAAACAGUUUUGCUACUUUUUCAGACAAUCAAAUGAAAGCAGUACUAUUGAAGCACCCGCUGUGAGACCAUGGAGGCAAAAUUACACGCUACAUCAUUGAGACCCUGCAGCCUAUGUAAACACACUGCAGUUUUACACAUCUGCCACAACAUACACCUACAGUCUAUAACCCAAACCCAACCCAAGAAUUCAUAUCUGAUUUAAGGAGCCAUUCGCAGUGUAAAGGCCGAGUUAUGCUUCCGCGUCAGACCUGCGCCGUCAAGUAUGGAUGGGCGGAUCGAUACCAAAAUAUCGAUAUUUCGAUCCCUGUCUACACGCCAACAAGCUGUUUGGGAGGCAUGCACGGAGAAAAUGUUUCCUCACUCACAAUCAUAAACGCAAACGUCUGGAGUUCGCCAAGCGGUAUUGGGGCUUCAACUGGGACUGUGUGCUUUGGUCAGACGAGACCAAGAUUGAGCUUUUUGGCAACAAACACUCUAAGUGGGUCUGGCGUGCCACGAAAGAUGCGCAUGCUGAAAAGCACCUCAUACCCACUGUGAAGUAUGGGGGUGGGUCAGUGAUGCUGUGGGGCUGUUUCGCUUCCAAAGGCCCUGGGAACCUUGUUAGGGUGCAUGGCAUCAUGAAUGCUUUGAAAUACCAGGACAUUUUAAAUCAAAAUCUGUUGCCCUCUGCCCGAAAGCUGAAGAUGGGUCGUCACUGGGUCUUUCAGCAAGACAAUGACCCUAAACAUAUGGCCAAACCUACACAGAAAUGGUUCACCAGACACAAAAUCGAGCUCCUCCCAUGGCCAUCUCAGUCCCCAGACCUUGUUUUGUUGGCAAAAGGGGGUUGUACAAAGUAUUAACACCAGGGGUGCUAAUAAUUGUGACACACAUUAUUUGAUGUCAAAUAAUUAUUUCUUUAUGUGGGAUUUUUUCCCCACUGAAUGAAUGCACUUGUAUUGAAGGUUAGAUUUUUCUCUUUUUUUCCAUUAAGGUCCCAUAUUAUUUGAAUUUAAAAAAUAUAUAUAUUAGAAGCUAAAAAACACAUCUUUUUUCAGGGGUGCCAAUAAUUAUGGAGGGCACUGUAUGAGACUUCAAGUAUAUAAAGAAUAAAGCACAGGUUUGGUGUCAAAAGAUUGUUUUGAUAUUUAAUUUUCAGUUCAAACUCGAUACAUCAUCAAUGAUUGAGAGUGCCUCGGUGCUUUUAUGGUAACGUUAACAUCAAGGCUUCCAACGCAGUUUGGGAAGACC